AUGUCCAUCAAAUUUCCAACAUUGGAACAUUAUCAACUUUUAGAAGUUACGGCGGCGACUCCAAUCAAUCAAAUUACCAAAUCGUUUCGAAAAUUAUCUUUGAAAUAUCAUCCUGAUAAGACUAGAAAUAGAUUAUACCAUGAAAAAUAUAAACUUAUUACUACAGCAUAUGAGAUUGUUUUUAAAUAUUUGACUUCUGGCUCAAAGACAUCAGGCCCCUCAUCUUCUGCAAAUAACUCGGGCAGUCGAUCCAAAAGUGCUGAAGAAGAAGAGGAAAAAAAACGAAAAGCUGAAGAGAAUGAAAGAAAACGAAAAGCUGAAGAGGAAGACAGAAGAAGAAAUGUAGAAGAAGAGAGAAGAAGAAGAGCAGAGAAGGAGGAGGAGGAAAAAAGACAAAAAGAAUGGGAAAGAGAACGUGAAAGAGAGCGUGAAAGAGCUAAAGCGGACUUUGAAGCACGACAACAAGGUAAAAGUGAGUUUCAACGUGGAAAAAAAGAAAGACACCAAAGAAAGAACUCAGAGACAAAAGAAUUCAAAAUGAAAGAAAGGGAAAAACAAAUUGCUAUCGAGGAAGCAUUGGCUAAGUUGAGACAAAAACGAGAAUCAGCAAACUCGGGACUAUCAGGUGCUGCAUUGCAAAUGUAUAUACUUAAGGGCUGUGUAGCUUUGUGGUUGUCUAAGAUGUUGGAGAGUGUUGAAAAAGACGAUCAAAAGUUUGUUGAGCUAAGUUGGGAACUUGGAACUAUUUUCAAAAAACGUACUGGAGUGAGAGAAUCGCUCUAUUGUUCGCCAUCACUUUCAAUUCCGCAUCUGUUCAAAUUUAGAAAUUGCAUUGAUAAGAACACUUACAUGGAUGCUCACGACUUGUUGGAGCACUAUAAAGACCAAGUCUUUGGUGAUAAAGUAAUUAAGCAAAUUAUACCAUUUACAGAAUUUCUAGAUUAUAGUAUUUCAAUUGGCACAAAUUUCAAUAAUUCAGUUUUGUUGAGAAAACCCGCUCAAACUGGAUUUUCCAAUGGUGAAGAAAUUAAAGAAAUUCAUAAUUUAGGAGAACUAUGUAUUUCCUUACAGAUUACAAUUAUGAUUUGA